AAGAGUUAAUUACUGAACCUGUAUCCAAGUAAAUGGGUUAAACCCAGUGAAUGAAUAACAGAAUGACUUCUUACUCUUGAAUUGACUCUCUCAGGGUAAUUUCUUCUCCCUGGUUUGUUGUAAACCUAGUGUGCUGUGGUCAAUGUCACACACUUUUCAGACAUUACUCUUGCUAAUUAAUUGUGGUAAAGCUGGGUUUUGUGAUUCUACCCCAGUGUUAAUAAUCUUAUUGCGUAUUACAAGGUUAUUGUCAUUGAUUUGACAAGUACAGCACAGCUUGUUUUUCAGUUGCAGUUGCAUAGACACACUAUUCAAUUUGCCAAAUUUUCUAAACCAAUACCAAAACUACAUUUAGUUCAUUUUUAAUUCAUUUUUUAACCUUAAUAUUUCAAACAUACUCUGAAAACCCUCAUUGAAGAAGACAGUCAUGUUGAUAUAAAUUUUAGUGUAAUGAGUGCUUGGUAUUUAACCCCACAAUGUCCAUGCUAAGACUGGAAAAGAGCUUCAUAACAUCUUUUUUUUUAAUAUAUAUUGUGACUGAGAGUUAAAAGCCUUAAACAAGCUUUUUUUGUUUCCUUUUACCCUGUGAGAGCAGUAUGUACCAAUUUCAUCAAUGUACUUUGCACCUAAGAGUCCUUACAGAUGUUACACGGUUAUAUAAGCACCUCAAACUGUUCACUUUUUUAUUUAUUUAACUUUGUGAAAAGGUAUAUGUGUGUGUAUUUGUAUUUGGAAAAAAGUGAGUGAGGUACCAUACACUCCUACAGUCAUAUCUCUAAAGUCUUUUCAAAAGAAUCAUACAGUUUAUGACAUUUUUUUUUUUUCUUUUCAUCUGUGUGACGCACGUACUGUUUUGGGUCAUAUAGGCAUCAUGUCUUCCCCACUCAGCAACAGCAGGGGUGGUGAUGGUAUAGGCCCAUAUCUGGAGAAAAACAAUAAAAUUUAAGUGCCACAGUGUUAUAAAAUUGCAGGAGGGUGCAAUUGCAUUUAUUUUGUCUAAAUGUUACUUCGGCAAUUACAUUGUUGUUGUUUUUUCACUCACUCUCUUUCUUUUAUGUGUUGGCAUUUGGACGCUGACCCCAUAAAACAUUUGCAGUAAGUUAAUUAUUUUUCAACAAUUUUCCUCCGAAUUUUAUAGACCAUAGGCUGAUAUUAAAGCUAUAAGAGACAGGUAAAAGUUCACUUUUUGUCACCUGGGAUGCAGGAAAGAGAGAACUGAGGGUGGGAAAGAAGGUGUUUCGGAAAAUGUCUGGAAUCUUAGCUCACUUUCUCAAAUAAGCAUUGGAAUCUACACCAUCUGCCCCAUAGGAUCUGAUUUUCUUUCUUUACCACUUCAUUCAAACUCCCUUUUGUCAACAUGUGUGCACCAGAGCCCACCUGCCCCAUAAACGCCACCAUCUGCACGGGCACGUCCUGCCUGGUGCCCCGUGAUCCAUUCAAUGACAUCCUGAACGUGGCGAUGAGCACCACGCUUACCGUCAUGCUGGCCUUGGUCAUGUUUUCAAUGGGUUGCACCGUCGAAGCAAGGAAGCUCUGGGUGCACAUCCGCAGGCCCUGGGGCAUUUUCAUCGGCUUCCUAUGCCAGUUUGGCAUCAUGCCUUUCACAGCCUUUGCACUUUCAUUGAUUUUCAACGUGCUUCCAGUCCAGGCUAUAGUCAUCAUCAUCAUGGGAUGUUGCCCUGGAGGUUCCAGCUCCAAUAUUUUCUGCUACUGGCUAGAUGGAGACAUGGACCUCAGCAUCAGCAUGACGGCAUGUUCUUCAAUUCUGGCUCUGGGAAUGAUGCCUCUUUGUCUGCUCAUCUAUACCUCAGUCUGGACUUCAGGCGAUGCUAUCCAGAUCCCUUAUGACAGCAUCGGAAUCACACUAGUGAGUUUACUUGUCCCUGUUGGUCUCGGGAUUUACACGAAACACAGGUGGCCCAAAGCAGCCAAAAAGAUCCUCAAGGUGGGAUCUGUGGUAGGAAUCUUCCUCAUCAUCAUCAUUGCAGUCAUAGGGGGUGUGCUUUAUCAGUCAUCAUGGACCAUUUCUCCUUCGCUUUGGAUCAUCGGUACCAUUUAUCCAUUUAUUGGCUUUGGUCUGGGCUUUCUCCUGGCACGUUUUGUGGGACAACCUUGGUACAGGUGCCGCACCAUUGCUUUAGAAACAGGCAUGCAGAACUCCCAGCUGGCCAGUACUAUUACCCAGCUGUCCUUCAGUCCUUCUGAGCUUGAGCUCAUGUUCGCUUUCCCCUUAAUCUACAGUAUCUUCCAACUGGUUGUGGCUGCGAUUGUAAUAGGAUUUUAUUACAUGAUGAAGCGCUGUAGGCGGGGGACAUCGGCAGAGGAGAAUGGGGAAGGCACACAGAGCACGGUUGAGGAUCAGGAUAUGCAGAAUUACACUUUGGAGAAUGGUGGCUUUCACUGUGAUGAGAAUAGCAACACUGAGAAUAAGGACAAUGGUACAAAGUUGUGAGCUAAACGUCAUUCUGCUAACCUGUGUGACCGGAGCGGUCCACAUUGACCUUCUGGAGGCAUGAACUUUAAACAAGCUGUUCCAGUUCAACCAGAGAGUGUGUCGUUACACUCAACCCCAAAGUGGAUGCACUUUCCUAUAUUAUAAAAACAAACCAAGAAAGCAUUAAAAUAUGUUUUUACGAUGAGUCUGCCAACAGGUUUACUGAUAUAAAGCUGUAUUUUGACUGUGAAUUGUGAGUUACGUUUUGUCUUUGGUUUGCAACUUUCAGUUAAUUUAAGAAAACAUAAAGUACAUAUCCCAAGUAGGUUGAAUGUAGGCUAAUUUAUUUAAAUGUUAGUAUACACAUAAUUGAAAUGAACCUUUAAUGUUUUGCUUUUUAAAUUAUGUAUGAUACAGAAAAAUGUAUACUUUUUUU